AUGGCGGCCCGCGACCCUCGCCCACCUCGUCUUAACCUUCACCUCGAACGCCCUCCGAGAGCCACGGGAGACCCUUCAACUUCUGAUACUCUUAACGCUUCAUCUGAUGACCUCCGUGGACGCCCACCCUACCGCGACCCCAACCGCCCUGCAACCUCACCUUCGCCCUCGCCUGGUCGUACCAGAUCGCAGACUUUGCCCGUCCAAGUCCUGACGCCUACCUUCAAUCCCGCCAAGGCAAUCAAGCGGAAGCCUCUCUCCUCGACAGCUUCACAAUUGGCCGCCAGCUACGGUAUCGGCUCUGGUUCCAGUACCCCGUCUAUACUGUCACCUUCGGCCUUUGCCGCCCCCGAAACACGUUUCUCGAGAUCCUACUCUGUCGACAGCCCUACCCUCUAUGAGUUUUCCGACAACAACAGCAACAACGUUCGCCCUCUCUUCGCACCACCAGCUGCUCACCAGAAGCUUGACAUACAACCCCCACCUACCGACCCGGCAGACGACGCGGCUUACUUUGCUUCACGAAACAACCCAAGCACCAACCUUGCAUCCCCUCAAACAAAACCUUCAGACGGCCUGUCAGAACCUGCCUUUUUGACCUCCGACGUCACCCCAACCUUUUCUCCGAGGCUACCGAAAGCGACACCACCUCAGCCGAUCAUCGAGGAGGAGGAGGACACGGACGAAGAUUCCGAGUCAAUUUACAGUCACAACACUAAUGAUAACUCUAUCAUAACUCAGACAGUCACUCACGCCUACUACAUCAACUCCCACUCCCUCGAUCAAUAA